GGGGCAGCUUCACAUAAGACUUGGGCUUGAGGCACCAGAAGGGAGGAUGCGGAGUGAAGCCGUGAGCUGUACAACCUGACCGCUGCCAACUACUGCGCGGGUUACUUGUCCACGGACAGCAGAGCAGAGCCGGGGCUGCUGACGGACUGGCAGCCCCCCAACUCACACACACACACACACAACUCACUGCAGCCCGCCGGGUGCGGCUCCGGGGAGCUUCAUUAUCGUGUCGCUGGCGAUUCGUCAAAACUCAAAUUGGGGAGAAAAAUAAAAUGCACCGGACUGGCGUACAAACUUAACCGUUCGCUGCGGAUGAAGAUUGUGCCUCCUCUCCUCCUCCUCCUCCUCCCCCCCCCUCACACACACUCUCUCUCGCUCUCUCUCUCUCUCUCUCGCUCUCUCUCUGUUGCGCUGCGCGGAUCUUCCCAUGGCUGUCAAAGAGUGAUGUUUGCAGAGAGGGAACCAACAGUUCGCUUCGCAGGUACACUCCAUGGGUCUGAGCAGGGCCGGAGUGGCGACGGUGCGGCCGACAUAACGUGUCGGGCUUUGCGUAGUGAGAACCGACCAUAACCAGCGGGGCUCCCGGCAGCAUGCGAAGGAUGGGUCUCGGGGUAAUUGCACUAUUAAGUGGUCGAGUCGCAGUAUUAAUGGUGGCACCCACUGUCUUGAUGAGUAUGCUUUCCAGCGCUGAGCGAGCGUGUCCUAGCAAUUGUAGGUGCCACGGUAAAAUAGUGUACUGCGAAUCGCUCAGCCUCCAGCAGAUCCCUCCGAACAUCUCCCCCGGCUCCCUGGGACUGUCGCUCCGCUAUAACAGCCUGCAGACGCUGGAACACAACCAGUUCGUGGGUCUCAACCAGCUAACCUGGCUCUACCUGGACCACAACUACAUCGGCUUGGUGCACGAGCACGCCUUCAACGGGAUCCGCAGGCUCAAGGAGUUGAUUCUCAGCUCCAACAAAAUCACCCGCCUUUUCAACAGCACCUUCCGGCCGGUCACCAACCUGCGCAACCUCGACCUCUCCUACAACCAGCUGCAGUCGCUGCAGCCCGAGCAGUUCCGGGGACUUCGCAAACUUCAGAGCUUGCACCUGAGGUCCAACAACCUGAGGACCGUGCCGGUCAGGAUAUUUCAGGACUGCCGAAACUUGGAGUUCCUGGACAUGGGCUACAACCGCAUCCGCAGUCUGGCUCGCAACGCCUUUGCGGGCCUGGGCCGACUAGUGGAGCUACAUCUGGAGCACAACCAGUUCUCCAAGGUCAACCUUGCCCAUUUCCCCCGCCUGACCACCCUGCGAAUCCUCUACCUUCAGUGGAAUAAGAUCAGCGUGGUCAUGCAGGGCAUGUCGUGGACCUGGAGUUCCUUGGAGAAAUUAGACCUGUCGGGCAAUGAGAUCCAAGCCAUUGGGCCCAACGUGUUCCAGUGCGUGCCCAACCUGCACACGUUGCACCUUGACUCAAACAAACUGACCACCAUAGGCCAGGAGAUCCUGGAAUCCUGGAUAUCGCUCAACUCUGUCAGUCUCUCGGGGAAUAUGUGGGAAUGCAAUCGGAACAUUUGCUCGCUUGUGAACUGGCUUAAGAUGUUUAAAGGGAGGAGGGAGAAUACAAUGAUCUGUGCGGGGCCAAAGCAGCUACAGGGAGAGCAGGUGGUGGAAGCAGUCGAUAACUAUAAUAUCUGCGUUAAAACUCAGAGGAUUACCACCCACAGGAUGCCGAGUCCACCCAAACUUCAUGCCAAACCGACCUUUAAAACAAGGCUUCCCAAGGCCAACCCAGAGAGCAAAGCCCAGGUCCCAGUCGCAGUCGCCACCACUCCCCCGCUGCCCAGCACUGACUCAGAGGACAUCGAGCCCGUCUCUUUCCACAAGAUCAUCGCGGGCAGCGUGGCCCUCUUUCUCUCCGUGCUGGUCAUCCUUCUGGUCAUCUAUGUGUCCUGGAAGCGAUACCCCGCGAGUAUGAAGCAACUGCAGCAGCGCUCGUUGGGGCGAAGGCGGCGCAAAAAGAGGCAGUCACUGAGGCACAUGGUGCCCACCACCCAGGAAUAUUAUGUUGACUAUAAGCCUGCGCACACCGAGGCCACGGAGAUGCUGAUGAACGGAACAGCCUCUUGCACCUUUAACAAAUCUGGCUCCAGGGAAUGCGAGAUCCCCAUCGCCAUGAGUGUCUCCUCCUUCCUCACCUACGACCAGCCAACACUACCUUGUUGUGGAGUGCAUCAAGGACGUCUGGCUCACAAGCAGUAUGAAAUGCAGGCCCACAAGGAUGCUCCAGAUAGCCACAGAGAGCCUGGCACAGAACUGAGCACAAUAGCAACAGUGACAUGCUCCGGCAGCCAUAUUCAGUGACCCAGCCCAGCCUGAGGCCACCCACAAUGAUGGACUAAACGAGGACAAGGCCUAGACAGCUAAAAGACACCAAGGGAGGCCUGUGGCCCAGGACAUAAAUCAUAGUUAACGCGGAGAUACUGCUGUCAGAGGUCAGACUGAAAGCGAUGCAGAUUUCACUGAAAUUUUUUUGUUUUAGUUUGUACUGACUUUAUUUGUGCAGUAUUUUUUAAAAUGAGAAAGCAACGAACUUGUACAGAUUUUAUUCAGUAUUCUUGUCUUUAACAAUCCACCUGUAUAUACAUGAGUUAUUUAACAUGGUGUAAAGAUGCAGUAUUUUUCAUAAAGAAUAUGCUUUGAAAAUGACAAAACUGAAGUAGCUAAUGACAGUUGUGCAUUUAUUUUCAGUCUGUUAGUCUUCUGUGUUUAUAGAAUUAGAAUGCUAAUUGAAAAUGUGUUGUAUUAUUUAAAAUCUAUUA